CUGGUUCAGCCGGUAGCAGUGGGCGUUUGGAUCAGAGACCAAGUGGAGUAGAGGCUGUCGGGGCAUGGGUUACAAUAGCCAGCAGCCAGCCAUUUUACAAUCCUAGCAGCAACGAACAUCUUUUCUGCUACAUCUUUGGAUAUCAUACAUAGCAAUGGGUCAAUGUGGUAUUACGUCUUCUAAGACCGUGCUGGUCUUUCUCAAUCUUAUUUUUUGGGCGGCGGCUGGCAUCUUAUGCUAUGUGGGGGCCUAUGUGUUCAUCACCUACGACGACUACGACCACUUCUUUGAGGAUGUUUACACACUCAUUCCAGCCGUGGUCAUCAUCGCUGUCGGGGCACUCCUUUUCAUCAUCGGUCUGAUUGGCUGUUGUGCCACCAUCCGUGAGAGCCGCUGUGGUUUGGCCACGUUUGUGAUCAUCCUGCUGCUGGUGUUUGUGACUGAGGUGGUGGUGGUGGUGCUGGGCUACAUCUAUAGAGCAAAGGUGGAGGAUGAGGUGAAUAAGUCCAUCAGGACGGUCUAUAAUGAAUACAAUGGAACCAACACUGAUGCUCCAAGCCGUGCUAUCGACUAUGUUCAAAGACAGCUUCACUGCUGCGGAAUCCACGACUACUCGGACUGGAAGUACACGCGCUGGUUCAACGAAUCGCGCAACAACAGCGUACCACUCAGCUGCUGCAAGCCCAACGUGAACAACUGCACCGGCUCCAUGCUGCGCCCAGGAGACUUGUACGCUGAGGGUUGUGAAGCGCUCGUUGUGAAGAAACUAAAAGAGAUCAUGAUGUAUGUCAUCUGGGCUGCGCUGACAUUUGCUGCCAUCCAGAUGCUGGGGAUGCUGUGUGCCUGCGUUGUGCUGUGCCGCAGGAGGCGAGACCCUGCUUACGAGCUCCUUGUCACUGGAGGAACAUAUGCAUAGAGCUGACCGACACAGACACACACACAGACACACACACAGACACUGAGAGAUAUUCACAGGCACACAUCCACACUCGCACCCCUAAGGUUUAAGAUUGUGCCUGUCAGGAUCAGCGCACAGGCUCCUAGCCCUCCGUUUCGCUUUCUCCUGCUGUUGGCAGUCAGUGAACCCACCUUUCACAAAGAUGCUCACUCUAUACACUGGUGACGGGUGCCCUAGUGACAAUACUAUUUAUUUACAUGCUGUAUGUAAGAUGAUGUUUUUAUAUUCACUACUUUUAUUUUUCUCUCUAUCUCUCUCAAGCUAAUGCUACAAGCCAAAUUCUAAAAUGGCAGUCAAACCUCCCCCACCUCUUCCAUUUUUCCGUCUUUAAGAUGAGGCAUUGACACUUAAUACUUUAAAUUAGAUUCUGUUUAUGUUGGGGGGUGGGGGGUUGUGGGGGCGGGUGUUGAUGAGAGAGCAUCAGUCUGCUCAUGUGAGGGAAGGCAGUGCUGGAGGGGAAUUAAAAUGUGGAAUUUCUGCUUUCCUCAUGCGUCAGUUUGCACUAUGUGUACGGCUUUUGGAAUAUUUUAUAAAUAUUUAAAAAAAAGAAAUGACUUCAUGUAAAUAGCCGAGACAGGGAUUUCCUCUCGUCUUGCUCGCUCAUUCUCUUCCUUUUUCCUGGUCGUUUUCGUUUAGUUGUUUUCCUCUCACAAAUCCACUCACAAUCCUAGCGAGCGUGUGUGCGCUUGUCACUACAGAGAUAAACAUGCUUGUUCUCCAGUCUUGUUUACCCAGCACGUCUGCAUCACCAGCAUUGUUCUCUUUAGGAGCUGCUGUAGGAGUGCUUUGGGUCCACGAAAGACAUUUCAGAUAUGCUCAUACUGUAUUCAUAAUCUUGUUCAGAUCUGUCUUUAAAAAACAAACUAACACUAAAUCGAACAACAAUAAUUGGAAGCAAUUUAGGGAAAUAGCUUCUUUUUUGAUUCAAACAGGCAUCUAUGGUAAUGUUGUACAUGCACUACGUAUUAUGUACUGAAAAUGUUACAUUUUAUUACUGUUCUUUUUUUUGUCCUCUUUUGCUUCUUGUGUGAAGUUGAGUAUAUUGCUAAGAUGUAGAUUUUAAAGUUGAUUUUUUGUUUUUGUUUUUCGAGAAAAAGAAAUGUAGCUCUGUAGAACAAAAACUCUAGAUGAAUGUAAAUAGAUUAAGGGGAAAAAAAACUUACUGAAAUAAAACUUGUAAAUUCCAA